AUGAAGCCUAUCUACCUCCUCGCCGCCCUGGUAGGUCUGACAACGGCCCUCGGCACCCUCGACGUCCGCCAGACGCCAUCUCGCCCGCGCCGCCCGGCCAGCCGCCCAGCACAAACCAGCGACAACUUCCGCAUGCAGGCCCCACGCGUCCCAUCGGGCGCACCAGCCGGCUUCACCACAAAGGUCGUGGAACCGACGCGCGAGCGGCCCCGAGCCGGCCUCACCCGGCUGCCAGAUGAGUUCAUCGACGGCCGUAGUUUCAGGGUCCGGCGCGACCGGUACGUUGCCGGGCGGGCCGCGCUGGCCGCGCUGGACAAGCGGCAGGAGGUCAAGGCGCUCGACUUCUACGAGUGUGAGAGCGUGAACCCGGCGCCGGCGUCGCGCGACUGCAACGUCAUUAUCGACCAGGUCUACGCGACCGCCCAGGAUCUGCUCCUCGCCCGCAACAGCUGCGUCGUGUUUGACUACCAGACGUGCCGCGGCUUCUUCUGUUCGCUGUGCGGGAGCAUCCGCGCCAGCACCGACUUUAUAGGCAACCAGCUCCUCACCGCCGACACUCUCUGCGUCAGCCAGGGCAGGGCAGGGACCGUGGUCGGGACCGACCAGCCGCAGUGGGAUGCGGGCUUCGUGAGGGCUGGGGCUAGCUUGCCCACGUAUUCGGUGUGUACGUAG